GUAAAAUCCACGCAGCAACGUGAGUUUAGUCGAAUUGUGCAAAUUUAAUAAAAUUGAGGUAAAAUGGAAUAUGUGAGCGCUGGAAGUAGCUCAGGUCCACAGGCAGCAACAAUGCAAAUUUUGUGCUGUUCAUGUGGUACCUUGAUUGAUCCAAAUCCAUUAAAUACAUGUGCAGCAUGUCUAAGAACACAAGUAGACAUAACAGAAAAUAUUCCAAAACAAGGAACAUUGCUUUUCUGUAGAAAUUGUGAGAGAUAUUUGAAUCCUCCAAACGACUGGAUCACGGCAAGUUUAGAAUCCAGAGAACUGCUUUCAUUAUGCCUUAAAAGAAUUAAAGGUUUAAAGGAAGUGAAGCUAGUUGAUGCAGGAUUUAUUUGGACAGAGCCUCAUUCAAAAAGAGUUAAAGUUAAGCUUACAGUUCAUGCUGAAGUUCAUGGAGGAAUCGUUUUGGAACAAGUUUUUGUCGUUGAAUUUGUUGUAAAUAAUCAGAUGUGUGAUGAUUGUCAUCGUCAUGAAGCUAAGGAUUUCUGGAAAUGUAUGGUUCAAGUUAGACAAAAGGCGAGUAAUAAAAAGACACUUUAUUAUAUGGAACAAAUGAUUCUUAAGCAUAAAGCUCAUGAUAAUACAUUGGGAAUCAAAAAUGCACCUUGUGGAUUAGAUUUCUUCUUUACUGGUGAAAAUCAUGCGAGAAAAAUGGUUGAUUUCUUACAUACAAUAUUGCCACUAAAAUUCACGCAAUCCAAGAAGCUUAUUAGCCACGAUAUUCAUAGUAAUGAGUAUAAUUAUAAAUUUACUUGGGUUAUUGAAAUCGUUCCUAUAUCCAAAGGAAGUCUAGUAUGUCUUAGUAAGAAAUUACAACAAAGUUCUGGAAAUAUUUCACCAAUUUGUCUCGUUCAAAAUGUCGCAACUACAGUUCAUUUAAUUGAUCCAAUAACUGCUCAAAUGGCUGAUAUUUCAGGACAAACUUACUUCCGUUAUCCAUUUUUGCCAAUUUGUGAUCCAAAACAGUUGGUUCAAUAUACAGUUAUGGACAUUGAAAUUAUCAAGGAAAGAAAGACAUUCCCUGGACAAGGUCCAGUGUCUUAUAAGCAUGUUAUUGCUGACAUUUGGCUUGUCAAAUCUUCAGAAUUGGGCAUCAAUGAUUCAACUAUUCACACAAAAACUCAUCUUGGACAUUUAUUAAGACCUGGCGAUGAAGUUUUAGGCUUUGAUUUACGCGAUUCUGUAAUUAACAAUGAUGAUUUUGAGAAAUUGAAUCCAGAUAAUGUUCCAGACGUUAUUGUCAUUAAAAAGCACUUCCCUGAUAAGGAUAAGAGACGUAGAAUGCGAAAAUGGAAGUUGAAGCGUCUUCCAAAAGAAGCAGAUGGAGAUACUGACAUGGAAAAUGACUAUAACGAGUUCCUGGAUGAUUUAGAAGAAGAUCCAGACAUGCGUAUGCGUGUUAAUAUCUACAAAGAUAAUAAGAAACAGCAAAUUCCAGUCGAUGAAAAUGACAUGGACGAUCCGUCAGCUCCACAAAUCACUUUAGAAGAAAUGCUCGAUGAUUUGGUCAUAAAUGAUGUGGAAAUGGCUGAUGCCUGAUCUUUUUUUUGAAUUAUUAAGAAUUACAGUGAGUUUUUUUCAAUUUUUAUAUAUGAAUAAAGAUCAUAUUGGAUAUAUCCUUUGAAAUACGAAACUUUU